AUGUCAGCAACAGAGGUGGGGCCUCGUCUCCAUCCUGGACUUAUUGCCUCAGUAAUCUUUGUUUGUGGUGCCGCCAUCGCCGCAGCAGUAUUGAUCAUCCGGAAAUACUGCUUCCCAGUCAAUAAUGCGGUGUACAGAUACUCGGUGCUGCGGCGGCAGGAAGACAGUGGGACGUCCCUGACCGAAGAGGGGGGCAGUGGGUCCUGCGCGCUGGAGGAGCAGUCGGACGAGGAACUGCUGAGAUGA